AAACACACGCGGGGAACACCUCGCGCGUUCGCAUGGACCGCUGGCAAUGCUCGGCGCUGACCAAGGUCGGCUUCGGCGUCCUGGCGUGCAACUCGGCGCUCGCCAUCUGCAACUCCUGGGGCAACGCGGGCUCCGUCGCCUUCGUGCUCGCCGCCGACGCCGCGCUCGUGCUGCUCUUCAUCUGCCUCGCUAGGUUCGAGCGGGCCGCCGGCGCCGGGGGCAGGAACAGUCUCAAGGCCGCGGUGUGGACGCUGACGACGCUGCUCACCGCGAUGUUCGCGUCCAGGGUGGCGCCGCUCAUGCCGCCGGCCGUCGGCGCCGUCGUAUGGGCGAUGGCGGCGGCGACUGCGGCCGGUGGAUUCUGGGCCUUCUUCCUCAAUCCCUGAUAUGCUAGAUCUGCUGCACUUGAUUUCCGAAUGAAACAUGUACUCAGGUAGUGUGCGUUUUAUUUCUAAUGUUGUCUAUGUACUACUGGGCAUGGUCCCUUUGAUUGUCUGUUUUAUCUUGGAAUAAAAAGUUGCCCUGAUAUUUCGGCACCAUUCUCUGAU